GACCCACGUGCUUCCGCUUUGCCUGACCGGGCAAUCGGGUGAGUUUCCAGCGUUCACCCGAAGUUGGGGACACGGGGGGCAUAUUCACUGGCCCCAGGCCGAGGUGAGUGACCUGUGACUCCUGACCCCGAGGUGGCCCUGAUGAUGGUGCCGCCAUUUCUCAGUUGCUGCCCAUGUGCCGGGACCCAGGCGCCUCUGUCCCGCGCGUGAUUAGGACAGGGAAGCCAGAAGGAGAGCCCCUCCACGGUGCCCGGACUGAGAUGGAUCCGCUCAGGGCCCAGCAGCUGGCGGCGGAGCUGGAGGUGGAGAUGAUGGCUGAUAUGUACAACAGAAUGACCAGUGCCUGCCACCGGAAGUGUGUGCCUCCCCACUACAAGGAAGCAGAACUGUCCAAGGGCGAGUCUGUGUGCCUGGACCGGUGUGUCUCCAAGUACCUGGACAUCCAUGAGCGGAUGGGCAAAAAGUUGACAGAGUUGUCUAUGCAGGACGAAGAGCUGAUGAAGAGGGUGCAGCAGAGCCCUGGGCCUGUGUGAGACCCCUGGCUGCAUCCUGCCCCUUCUCACUUCCUAAUAAAAAUGCCCCCCCUUUGGGUACCAUCUGUGAAGACUGUGCCAGGCCUCGGCUCUCUCUGGAUGGUCUCCAGGAGCCUGGAGUGUGGUAAAGCUCUCUCCUGGUUGAAGGAGGGGUAUCUGUCACACUGGAAUGAAAAUUGUUUGUAUGUGUGUAUAUAUAUAUCUGUGUAUAUUAAAAUAAGUUUGACACUAUGUGCAAAGCAGUGUGCUUGGCACUUUGGAGGAAAGAAAGCAGACACAGUAUCUGCUUGCAGAGGGAGUCUAAUCU